AGGAAGAGGAGGGACAAAGGCGGAUCGGGGCUGAGCAGAAGGAACCACGCGCUGGAGCCCUGGGUGAAUUCGCAGCCCCCAGCUGUGGGAUCAUCGCCCCCCAUCCCGCAGGAUUUCCCGUUGCCAAGCCCUGGGAGGCUGUGAGGAAGAGGAAGAUGCCCCGGGACACGCAGGCAGAGCAGGAGCUGAGGCUGGAGAGCAGGGAGGACAAAUCCCCGGGGCAGAAGCUCGUGGCAGAGGCCGUUUGGAGCGGCUCCACGGCGCAGGAAGGCAACGGGGAGGAAAAGGCCCCGAGAUGCCGCACGAGGAGGGGCUGCAAAGGCAGAUGGCGGCGAUCUGAGGGGGAAAGACCCAGCCUGGGCCGGGAAGGCGGCCGGAGAUCGAGCCAGAGCUCGGAGCUGGUGCUCCAUGAGCAGCCCCAUGAUGGGGAGAAGCCCCACACGUGUGAGGAGUGUGGGAAGAGCUUCAGGUGGAGCUCCAAGCUGAUUGAGCACCAGAGGAUCCACACUGGGGAGAAGCCCUACGAGUGUGGGGAGUGCGGGAAGAGAUUCAGCCACAGCUCCAUGCUCAUCAUGCACCACAGGACCCACACCGGGGAGAGGCCCUUCGAGUGUGGGGAGUGUGGGAAGAGAUUCAUGUGGCGCUCCCACCUGGUCAGGCACGAGCGGAUCCACACCGGGGAGAGGCCCUACGAGUGUGGGGAGUGUGGGAAGAGCUUCAGCUGGAACUCCAUGCUCCUCAAGCAUCAGCGCAUCCACAGUGUUGAGAGGCCCUACGAGUGUUCCAAGUGUGGGAAGACGUUUAAGAUCAGCUCCCAUCUCCUCCUGCACUAUUGGGUUCACACGGAGGAGAAGCCCUUCUGCUGCCCCGACUGCGGGAAGAGAUUCCUGCGCAAGUCCCACCUCGUCAGGCACCGGCGCAUCCACACCGGCGAGAAGCCCUACGAGUGUUCUGAAUGUGGGAAGUGUUUUGGGACCACCACCCAUGUUCUCCUGCACUAUGGGAUGCACACGGAGGAGAGGCCCUUCCACUGCCCCGACUGCGGGAAGGGAUUCAUGCAGAACUCCCAGUGUGGGAAGAGCUUCUCACUGCGCUGUAACUUGACCCGACACCAACGGAGCCUCCACUAA